AUGCACACCAGCCAGAGCCUCCACGACCUCCCCACCAUCCAGGCUGACUUCAGCGCCCUCCUCGUCCAUGACCAUGACGACGAGAGCGAGCUGAGCUCACAGCAGAGCCUGGCCUCUCCGCUCUCUCCCCUGCCAGCGAGCAGGCGCAGCAAGGAGCUCGACACGGCCGAGUCCUACGAGGCGAGGCGCAUGCAGGCGCUGGAGAGGAUGCCGAGCCGACAGAGGCAGCUCCAGGCACUGGAGCACUGCAUCCGGCUGCUCACCUCACCGGAGCGACCCGUGAUCACGAGCGCGACGGGCCAGCGGAUGCAGCUAUGA